AUGGAAGAUGGGGGUCCCGGGGUGGAGGGGGGGACCCCGCUCACCUCGGCCCUGGGGUUUCCCCAGCAGCGCCAGCAGCUCGGCCUCCAGCUCGGCCGCGUCGGGCUCGGCGCCGGCGUCCAACAGCGGCCGCGGCUGCGGGGACAAGGGACGCGGUCAGGGCACGGCGCCGCCGCGGGGACCGAGGUUCGGCUCCGGCACAGCCGCAACCGGGGAGCCAAGGGUGUGCAGCAACAGCCGGACCCCAAUGGGAACAGCCGGACCCAAACGGGAACAGCCGGACUCGGAUGGGAACAGCUGGACCCAAAUGGGAACAGCCGGACCCCAAAUGGGAACAACCAACCCCCAACAGGAACAAUUGGACCCGGAUGGGAACAAUUGGACCCAAAUGGGAACAGCUGGCCCCAAACGGGAACAGCCGGCCCCAAAUGGGAACAGCCAGACCCCAAAUGGGAACAACCAACCCCCAACAGGAACAAUUGGACCCAGAUGGGAACAAUUGGACCCAAACGGGAACAGCCGGCCCCAAAUGGGAACAGCCGACCCCCAAUAGGAACAGCUGGACCGAAAAAAGAACAGGCGGACCCGGACAGGAAGAGCUGGCCCCCAGCAGGAACAACCGGACCCCAGAGGGAACAGCCGGACCCGGAUGGGAACAACCAGCCCCAAACGGGAACACUCCGCGCUUUACGGCGCCGCUGUCGCAAAAACGCCGCGCCCCGCUCUGCUUUACGGCGCGGCGGGGACUGCAACUCCCAGCGCCCCCCGCGCGGCGCAGGCGCAGAGCGCGCGGUGCGAAAAAGGCGGGAAGGCGUCGGGCGGGCGGGGGCUGAGGUGAAGGCAAAAUGGCGGCGGGGCCGUGAGGGGACGGAGCGCGGGAUCGCCGCCAUUGCGCCUCGCAACCGCGGGCUGCGGGCGCUGCCACGGGGCCCGGGGGUGUGCGCCAAAAUGGGCAAAAGGAGGAGCGGCCGAGCGCCAGGUGAUGGUGACGGUGACGGCCGCGCUGCCAAAACCCGGCCCAGCCCCGGGGACAGCGCGGGGACAACGGGAGCAGAACUGGGGGACGGAACCGGUGCGGAACCGAGGGGUGGAACCGAAGCGGAACUGGAGGACAGAACCGGAGCAGAACCGAGGGAUGGAACCAGAGCAGAAACAAGGGACGGAAUCGGAGCAGAACCAGGGGAUGGAACCGGAGCGGAACCAGGGGAUGGAACCAGAGCAGAAGCAGGGGAUGGAACCGGAGUGGAACCGAGGGAUGGAACCGGAGCGGAACCGAGGGAUGGAACCGGAGUGGAACCAGGGGAUGGAACCGGAGUGAAACCGAGGGAUGGAACCGGAGCGGAACCGGGGCACAGCACCCAAGGGCUGGAUGCAGCGAGUGGAGGAGGUGCAGAGACAAGCCACUUCCAGGACGAAGCAGCGGCAGCCGCCCCCCCGGAGCACGGCACCGCAGAGGGGCACAGCCCCAUGGCACCGCCAGCCCCGUCCCCACGGGAGGGGACGGACGGCAGCGAGCAGCGCCCGGCCCAGCUCAGCCCCACGGCGGGGAACCCGGGGGGCACCCUGCCCCACGGAGCCCCCUCCCCCCACCGCCUGGAAGAACCGGGCCAGGAGGAAGCGGGGCGCGGGGGGGAGCUUGGGGCUGUGGGGCUGGAAGCUGACACCCAGGGGCUGCCCCCCAGCCCGGGCACCGUGGGGACACGGGUGUCACCGGAGCACGAUGCCGCGCCGCAGGGCAACGCCGAGCCGACGCAGGACCCCGCAUCCCCGCAGCCCACGGCUCCAACCCCAGCGCUGCCCAACCCCGAGGAGCCGCACGGCGCCGCUGACACCACGGAGCACGGCCCCGCCGCCGGGGGCGAGGACGCGGGCGAGGUGGUGAGCGGGCUGAUCCGAGAGCUGUCCAACCUCAACCGGCGCGUGAUGGGCGCCCACCGCGACCUGGAGGCGCUGAGGCGGCUGCGCCGGGAACGGCGCCCGGGGACGGCGAGGAAGAGGAUGGAGACCAAGAGGACGGGGACCAAGAGGAUGGAGACCAAGAGGACGGAGAUGAAGAGGACGGAGAUGGAGAGGACGGAGACGGAGGCCGGGCCGAGGCGUUGCCCUGAGGUGUGAGCGUUUAUUGCCGGGCGGCAGCGCCAAUAAAAACGGCU